CUGAUCAGGAAGUAAACAAUGUUUGUUUGGCGCUAAACUUCCUUCCUUGUUGUUUCUCUGAAACUUUCCUCAGCUUUUGGAAAUAUGGCCAGCUUCCAUCAGAAAAUAAAAACAAGCGUACCGGAAGAAACCAAGAGCAGUCUGACUGAAAAAGAUUUGCAGAAGUGGGGUUUGCAAGGGAUUCAGUUGCGAGCCUAUCAGCUGGACGGAGUGCAGUGGCUCACCCAGUGCCUGGCCAACCAGCAGGGCUGUAUCUUAGGAGAUGAGAUGGGCCUGGGCAAGACCUGCCAGACCAUCUCUCUGCUAUUGUACAUGAGAGGGGCCCUUCGGCAGGACGGGCCGUUCCUGGUCCUCAGCCCACUGUCUGUCAUGGACAACUGGAGGAGCGAGAUGGAAUGCUUAUCCCCCUGUCUCAAGGUGCUGUGUUACUAUGGAGACAAAGACAAGAGAGCAGAACUGCAGAGGGACAUGAACAACACACACUACCAUGUUCUGCUAACUACAUAUGAGCUCUGUAUCAAAGAUGCCUCAUUCCUGAAAAGGAGGAAGUGGAAAGUCUUGGUAGUUGAUGAGGCUCACAGACUGAAGAACCAGAACUCCCUGUUGCACAAAAUCCUGAUGGAGUUCUCUCUGGAUUUCAGAGUGCUGCUGACAGGAACUCCUAUCCAGAACAACCUGACGGAGCUCUACAGCCUCCUAUCGUUCAUCCAGCCCAGUCUCUUCCCCACAGACCAGACCGAGGACUUCACGAGCACUUACAACCAGGUCCAGACACAACCGACUCUGGCCAGUGAUCUCCAGAGAGUGCUGCAGCCCUUCCUGCUGAGGAGGGUGAAGGCUGAGGUAGCAGCUGACCUCCCCAUGAAGACGGAGAUACUGAUGUACCACGGCCUGUCUGCCCUGCAGAAGAGAUAUUAUAAGGCUAUACUCAUGAAGGACCUGUAUGCCUUUGGGAAUGAGCAGGGAAACAAGACCAGACUGCUUAAUAUACUGAUGCAGCUCCGGAAGUGUGUGGACCACCCCUACCUGUUUGAUGGUGUGGAACCAGAGCCGUUUGAGAUGGGGGAGCAUCUGAUCCAGGCUAGUGGAAAACUCUGUCUGCUGGACAGCAUGCUGGCAUACCUGCACCAAGGGGGACAUCACAUCUUGCUGUUCUCCCAGAUGACCAGGAUGCUGGACAUUCUCCAGGACUACAUGGAAUACAGAGGUUACAGAUAUGAGCGUCUGGAUGGAUCAGUCAGGGGAGAAGAGCGUAACCUGGCCAUCAAGAACUUCAGCAGCAAAGACGUCUUUGUCUUUCUACUCAGCACUAAAGCAGGAGGCGUUGGGAUGAACCUAACAGCAGCUGAUACUGUGAUCUUCAUUGACUCUGACUUCAACCCCCAGAAUGACCUGCAGGCUGCCGCUCGCUGCCACCGGAUUGGUCAGACCAGGGCUGUGAAGGUGAUCCGGCUCCUGGGGAGGGAUACGGUAGAGGAGAUUGUGUACUCCCGGGCAAGUUCUAAGCUCAGCCUUACCAACACAGUGAUAGAAGAGGGGCGUUUCUCUCUGCUUAACCACACCCACUCUGCUGCUGCCGGUCUGCAGCUCAGCGAGAUCCUGAAGUUUGGAGUGGACAAGCUGUUGUCGUCAGAAGAGAGCUCCAUCCAGGCUGUGAACAUGGGUCUGAUCCUGGGUCAGUCUAGAGACGGGGAGUGGCUGACUGAUGAAGCCCCCACCCAGACCAAGGACCUGCCCACAGAGGAGGGAGAAUCUGAGGGACAGAACCACAUGUACUACUUUGAAGGGAGGGAUUACUCCCGGGAGGUGAGCUCUGAGGACCAGAGGACCUUCAGUCGUCUCCUGGAGGAAGAGGCAGGAGGAGGAGAGAAACGAGCGACACGACACAACGAUGAAGUGGGUCUGUCCGGGCCCCUGUUGGCCCCCAUGAGGAAGAGGAAGGCCUUGACUGAGACUGACCUGAAAGAGAGGGAGGAGGCUGCAGCUAAGAGGGCCAGAGUACAGGAGGACAAGAGGAGGAGAUUACAGGAGAACAAACACAGGAAGAAGAUGGCAUGGUGGGAGUCCAGUGGGUACAGGUCCCUGUGUUUACCCUCUGUGGAGAGCGAGGAAGAGGAGGAGGCUGAUGACCUCAGUGUGACCUCUACAGAUUCAGAACACUCUGCUAUUAGUUACGUGUUGGGCGAUGUCACACACCCCUACGCCAACCAGGAAGAUGCCAUCAUAGUGCACUGUGUUGAUGACUCUGGCCGGUGGGGUAGAGGUGGGCUCUUCACAGCAUUGGAGAACAGGUCAGAUGCACCUUGUAAACAAUAUGAGCUGGCUGGAAAGAUGAAAGACUUGGAGCUGGGAUCAGUGUUGCUGUUUCCGGUUGAUGAUAAACAGUCCAGACUGGAUGGCCAAGACCAGGUGGCCCUGAUAGUGGCCCAGCAGAGAGCCAGAGACAACAGCCUGUCAGGGAUCCAUCUCUCUGCUCUGGAAGAAGGACUCCAGAAAAUUUACAGGGUCGCCAAGACUAACAAGGCUAGCGUCCACCUCCCCCGUAUCGGCCACUCCACCAGAGGGUUUAACUGGUAUGGAACAGAGAGACUCAUCAGAAAACACCUGGCCUCCAGAGGGGUACACACCUCCAUAUACUACUACAGCAGGUCUGUCUCUACCUCUGCUUUAGGUACAUCCACAACACCCUCCACAGCAUCAGCCUCAACCUCCAAGGCCUCAGCCUCUAGCUCCAAGACCUCAGCAGCAUCCCCCUCCCCAUCCUCCGUCUCCCCCUCCCCAACCUCCGUCUCGGUCUCCCCCUCUCCUCCACACUCCCCCCCAGUGCCACAGUAUCCUGGCACUGACUCAGACAGGGAGAGUGAGGAAGGAGAGACAGCCAAUCAGAGCUCAGACAGAGGGAGUGAGGAAAGAGAGACAGCCAAUCAGAGCAGCAGGACCCCCAGCCCCUCUGGACCUGCUCUGCCUGACUUCAUGAGAGGAGUUCAUGUGUUCUUCUACAACCUGACAGCCUCAGACAGGAAGAGACUGGCCCGCUACCUCAUCACAUAUGAAGGAGAUGAGGAGGAGAUCAUGAGUUCAGAGGUCACACACAUUGUAACAGAGUUGGAGAGUCCUGUCCAAUCACAGGAGCUCCAGGAGCUGAUUGGUCAGCACCCUCAUGCACUUCCUGUUCAGAAGACCUGGCUGGAGGCCUGCUUCUCUAGACAGAGACAAGUCAACACCACCAAGUUCCUGCACUGCUUUAAAUGAUGUAUCUCUUCAGUACUAUAACACGCAGGUGAUGUGAGCCUGCAGGAGCCACGGAUCAAUUCCUUUUGCAGCACUCCCUUUCUCCCGCUACAAUACUACUUAACUGAUUACACUGAAGUAGAGAACAUUCCUUUACUCUGCUUUUUAUUUGUAUACAUGUUCAUCAAUUAUUUUAAUUUGAAAUGUAUUUUGGUAGUUACAGUGUUGGGCCAGUAACUGAAAGGUUGCUGGAUCGAAUCCCAGAGCUGACAAGGUAAAACAUCUGUCAUUCUGCCCCUUAGCAAGGCAGUUAACCCACUGUUCCCCAAGCGCUGAAGACAUGGGUGUCGAUUAAGGAAGCCUCCCACCUCUCUGAUUGAGGGGUUGGGUUAAAUGUGGAAGACACAUUUCAGUUGAAUGCAUUCAGUUGUACAACUGACUAGGUAUCUCCCUUUCCUUAUUAGGUGUUCUCUAUAUCAGUGGUUCCCAACGUUUUUCAGAUACUGUCCCUGAGGUACCCCUAUGGCUGGGAACCAAUGCUGUAUAUCUGACCAGGUACCACUCUAAAGUGAUAUGUUAUGGAACAGAGAGGUGGGGCUUAUAGAAAAGGGGCGUGGCAUGAUGCUCCAGCUGUAGAGGUCAAUGAGGUAUAAAAGAACUGGGAGCUGCUUCCAAGAUGGACAUCUGUUGUUUUUAAUGUAAUCUGCUCAUGUUGGCAUAUGCUGUUUUGUGGUCACUCCCAUCUGCUUGACAGAGCCGGUAACGCCUGAUCACUAGCGCUGUGUGCACUGGGCGCUAGCAGCAAUGACGUCAUCCAGAAGCAUUGCUGCUAGCGCUGUGUGCACUGGGCGCUAGCAGCAAUGACGUCAUCCAGAAGCAUUGCUGCUAGCGCUGUGUGCACUGGGCGCUAGCAGCAAUGACGUCAUCCAGAAGCAUUGCUGCUAGCGCUGUGUGCACUGGGCGCUAGCAGCAAUGACGUCAUCCAGAAGCAUUGCUGCUAGCGCUGUGUGCACUGGGCGCUAGCAGCAAUGACGUCAUCCAGAAGCAUUGCUGCUAGCGCUGUGUGCACUGGGCGCUAGCAGCAGCAAUGACGUCAUCCAGAAGCAUUGCUGCUAGCGCUGUGUGCACUGGGCGCCAGCAGCAAUGACGUCAUCCAGAAGCAUUGCUGCUAGCGCUGUGUGCACUGGGCGCUAGCAGCAAUGACGUCAUCCAGAAGCAUUGCUGCUAGCGCUGUGUGCACUGGGCGCUAGCAGCAAUGACGUCAUCCAGAAGCAUUGCUGCUAGCGCUGUGUGCACUGGGCGCUAGCAGCAAUGACGUCACCCAGAAGCAUUGCUGCUAGCGCUGUGUGCACUGGCGCUAGCAGCAAUGACGUCAUCCAGAAGCAUUGCAGACAUUGAAUGAUUAAAUGUUCAGCUGUCAGUGAUGGGAAACUAUUUGUUCUCAGACAAUUAUUAGAAAAAAAGCACUGGAUAUUUUUGGCACAAAGGUGAUAACGAGUGUCUUUUUGGGAUUUUUUAAAUUGGACUUCUAUGGGGAUUGUCCUGUUGUGCUUUGCUCAGCUUGGUAGCAACACAACAUGGCAGGAGCAAAAACGCAAUGUGACCAACAGGCACAACCACAGCGGUCCUUGCUAUGCUAUCUGGAAUCCUUGGGACGUCCACAACCUAACUCUUUUACAUUUCAGAUUACUGGGGUAACGUUAUUUGGGACAGCCCAAGGAUCCCAGAUAGCAUAGAAAGGUCUGCUGUGGUUGUGCCUGUUGGUCACAUUGCGUAUAUAUGUGUGAUGUGUUGUUAUUGUUAUUUUGAUGCCCAAUAAUGUUUGUACCCUGUUUUGUGCUGCUGCCAUGCUAUGUUGAAGUUUACAUCCACCUUAGCCAAAUACAUGCACCAAAGUACGUUCAUCUCUAGGGGACAGAACGCGUCUCCUUCCUGAGCGGAUUCACAGUGUUUGUACAGAUGAACGAGGUACCUUCAGGCGUUUGGAAAUUACUCCCAAGGAUGAACCAGACUUGUGGAGGUCAAAAAAUAAAAUUCUGACAUCUUGGCCGAUUUCUUUUGAUUUUCCCAUUAUGACAAGCAAAGAGGCACGGCGAUAGAUGGUAGGCCUUGAAAUACAUCCACAGUUACACCUCCAAUUGACUCAUGAUGUCAAUUAGCCUAUCAUAAGCUUCUGAAGCCUUGACAAUUUGCCAAGCUGUUUAAAGGCACAGUCAAAUUAGUGUAUGUAAACUUCUGACCCACUGGAAUUGUGAUACAGUGAAUUAUAUAAAUGAAAUAAUCUGUCUGUAAACAAUUGUUGGAAAAAUUACUUCUGUCAUGCACAAAGUAGAUGUCCUAACAGACAACACUAGUUUGUUAACAAGACAUUUGUGGAGUGGUUGAAAAACGAGUUCUAAUAGCUCUACAAAGUGUAACUUCAACUGUCUAAGUGUUGAACAUUCAAAUAUUUUCAGAAAAUAAAGCUCAAGCACCAAGGAGAAAA